AUAGCAUCUGCACCAUCACUUCCUGCGCCUCAUCCAGAAAGCGAACAGCUACCGCUUGCCGAACCAAUUGUUAUUCUGCGUAGUGAGCCGUCCCCUGAGGUGUUGCCAAACGCUAAUUGGUGUACCCGAUCAGCAACCCCUCCCACUUCAGUCACCUUAUUUAGUUUAUGAUUCGCUUCCUCUUUGCUUUACGGUUAUGUCCCUGAGAUAAAGCGUCUGUGAAAAUCGACAAUUCUGUUGGUUUCAGUGCUUGUCACUCAAAGAACCCAAACUUUUUAUUGGACUGAAAAUAUUGCUUGUUACAGAACGUCACUGGAACUUCGCCCACCUACUUGAUUUUUAGUGGCGAACUUGCCUAGCAAUCCGUGACGCGGAGGAGGUUUAGCAGCUCCUCUUAAAUUGUGAUUGGCUACAUGGUAUUUGUCAGGUCUGGCUCUGCCCUACACUGCACUGUAGGCUUGGUUGUCACUCUGCAGUGUUGUGUUCGAUAGGCGGAGUGGGAGCGGCGCUGAGCCCGUGGGAAGGGAGACGGCGGCUGCCGGUAACAGGUAACUUCCGUUUUAAGUGCACUAUUCUGCUUUUGCUUGAAUCUGCUGCCUGUCCUCAGCUUGCCCAGUGAUUGUCCAGAACCUUCCUCCAUCCUCUGGAGCCCUUCUAUUUGUUCCCCAUUCUAGGACAUGGCCGGGAGAGGAGCUGCAAGGCCAAAUGGUCAGUCGCAAGCCAGUAAAAUAUGCCAGUUCAAAUUGGUACUGCUGGGCGAAUCCGCAGUAGGAAAAUCAAGCCUGGUAUUGCGUUUCGUGAAGGGGCAGUUUCAUGAGUUUCAGGAAAGUACCAUUGGUGCGGCAUUUCUCACACAGUCUGUCUGCCUGGAUGACACAACUGUAAAAUUUGAAAUCUGGGAUACAGCAGGACAAGAGAGAUACCACAGCUUGGCACCCAUGUAUUACAGGGGAGCACAGGCUGCCAUUGUGGUGUAUGAUAUCACAAACCAGGAAACAUUUGCCAGAGCCAAGACAUGGGUGAAAGAGUUACAGAGGCAAGCCAGUCCUAACAUUGUGAUAGCUUUGUCAGGGAACAAGGCUGACCUCACUAGUAAACGGAUGGUGGAGUAUGAAGAAGCUCAAGCAUAUGCAGAUGACAACAGCCUGCUGUUUAUGGAAACUUCUGCCAAGACCGCAAUGAAUGUCAAUGACCUGUUUCUUGCAAUAGCUAAGAAGCUGCCAAAAACGGAACCUCAGAACACUAGUGGUGCACCUGGUAGGAGCAGGGGUGUGGAUCUUCAUGAGCAGACCCAGCAGAACAAGAGCCAGUGCUGCAGCAACUGAUAGAAUUAAAGAGCAAGGGAACCAAGAUAAGAUUAAAACCUCUAUUCCUACACCUGCCCUUAUAUGCACCAGAAUACUACUAAGCUCCUUUUCAGCACCUCACUCUUGCCAGGACUUAACACUUCUGCACUCUUGCUUUCCUACUCACCAUCGGAUAACAGCACACAACAAGCCAAUGUGCUUGAAACCUAACCAACCACCUCCCUCUGAGAGCUCCCUGCUAACUGCACUAUUGGGUAUGUUGUUUUGUUUCAAAUAAAAACAAACGCUUCCAAAAAAACACACAGACUACUCUUGGUUACCAAGCAAAGGAUCAUCUGUUGACUACGCCUCCAGAAAAGAGCCAAAAGGAGAAAAAUACAAAGCGGCAAACACUUACUACUCACUUAACUAUAGAUGCAUAUAGUGACUUUAGUAUUGAUCUUUGUUUUGAUUUUAGUCUUCGGUUUUUUUUGUUACAUUUUUUUCUGCUUUUCCUCCAUUUCUUCUUAUUUUGCAGGACCCACCAAUUUUACCUGUCCACAAGAUCUUCAGUCAUAAACGGAGCUUUGUGCUUUGAGACCCAAAAUACCAAGUGUAAACAUAUAUACUAUAUGUAUAUACUUUUACUUUUUUGCGGCACAGCUACGCAAUGUCUGUUAUUUGUGUGUCUGGACUUUGACUGCUGUUUCUGGUAAAUCAUCCAUUGACUAUGAACUUUUACCACUUUGGCCGAAAAACAUCAAGAGCAAUUGAAUAAACAUUGUGAAUUUA